GUGACAUCUCACGGUUUAUACUAUCUUACACGUUUUCAUGUAUAAACAUUGAGUCUUUUACAUCAUGGUGUGUAUCUAUUUCCUUAUUGUUGUAGGAUUAGUAUUUGUUUCUGGUGAGAAGCACUGUCAUAAACAAUGUUUACAUGACACAGAAUGUGACCACGGACACUACUGCAGAGUUGACUUGGAAGGGUGUCACUCGGAAUGUAUGUCUUCAAGGAAUGAUCUCCCGCCACCUGUUAUAGGUAAGCGGAAUACUGGAUGUAGCCAGGUACCAGUGUUCUGUCCACAACCUUGUAUGGUGAACAGAGGAGGAUGUACGGUGUGUGAUUGUACUGGUGGCAGAUUUUCUACUGGACAAAAUUCACCUUUUCAUGCAACAAAUUUGGGAAAUCCAGUUCAGCUGAGUCAGAUGGGUCCAAUGGCUGGUCAGGGAAAUAGUGCUAAUCAAAUGAGCCAAAUGCCAGCCCAGAGUAAUUCGGUUAACACGGGACCGGGCUCUGGUAGUCUAAAUGGACCCAAUACUCCUAAUUUCAAUCCAGGCAAUCCUGGUGGAGGUCUCCCUAAUGGUUUAAAUGGACCAAAUACAGCACCUAUACAAAAUGGACCAAAUACAGGACCUAUACAAAAUGGACCAAAUACAGGACCUAUACAAAAUGGACCAAAUACAGGACCUAUACAAAAUGGACCAAAUACAGGACCUAUACAAAAUGGACCAAAUACAGGACCUAUACAAAAUGGACCAAAUACAGGACCUAUACAAAAUGGACCAAAUACGGGACCUAUUCAAAAUGGACCAAAUACGGGACCUAUACAAAUUGGAGGAGGAAUAAAACUAGAUCAAAUUUUAAAGUCUACUCAUCCACCAUCAUCAGUUUCACAAACGUCGACGCCAGCGCCAACUACUACCAAAAUCACAUGUGCUCCUGUCAGAUGUAUAGCGCCAUGCAAUAAAGGAGUAACGAUUUCGAAAGACGGAUGUCCAACGUGCUUAUGUUAA